AUGCACGGUACAGGAAGAAGCAGAAAACGUGCAAGGUGUCCUCACAUGGUGAGAAAGUACUAUUGGAUGAGAUUUACCAAUGGAGGUAUUCGUCGACUUGAACUCCGCGGAGGAGUGCAACUUAUUUCUGAAGACGUCUACGAGCUUAUAUGUGGUGUUGUGAAGGGAGUGAUCCAUGAUGCUGUUACUUACUGUGAACAUGUCAGGCGCAAGACCGCAAACGAAAUAGGUGUCGUUUACGCUCUCAAACGUCGAGGUUACACUACUUACGGUUUUGCUGUAUAG